AUGAAGAAAAUAUACGAGAGCAUGGUAAAGAACAUAGAGCAGGAUACAAGCAUGGAACCGGCCCUCUGUGCCUUUGAGGAUGAUAACAAUAAUCAAGUACUGAGGGGGGACAUUGAGAGUAAGGAAUUGUGCAAAAUGUUAAUAAGAACAUUUUUAUGGAUGAAUAAAAUGAAACAAGUAUACAAGGAUAUAGUAGGAUGGACUUGGGAUAAGGAUGAAACAAAUUAUGGGAACGAGGAGGAACUCCAAUCUUAUUUUAGGUGUAUAAUAGGUAGGAUGACUAUACUGAAAAUGCUUGGGAAACAUUGCAAAUUAGGGAAAGUUGCUCCAGUUGUGGAAGGAGCCUUAGGAGGAAUAUUGGAACAUCUUGGUGUCAAGUAUGACCAUGAUAAAUGUGAUGAAAUGGAUUUAGGGAGUCUGUCACUGGGCGGAAAAUUAUUUUGGGGAGAAAUAGAAAAAUGGAUAUAUGAGAAGAAGGAAGAAGGGAAAGUUAUUAGAGGAAGAAAGGAUCAAGGGAAAAAUUGCCCCGAGAAGAGUAGUUUAAAUGAUAUAGGUAAAAAUAUGAGUGAAAAAGAAAAAAAGAGUGCUGUAAAAUUAUUAGGAGGAGGGAAUAUAGAAAAUUUACAAAAAAUGAUUGAAAGAAAUGAUCAUGCUAAGAAGGAAGAUACGAACAAAGUGUUGGACAUAAUAAGGAAAGAAGGGGAGGACACUGAAAAAUUAAGGAAUAUAUUACAACAGGUAGAUCAAAAUUUAAACGACUUACUUCAGAAGAAUUUGAAGAAAUCUGAGGCAAAGAAGGAACAGGGACCUAACACAAAACUAACUAGGCAAGACACUUCAGGGCAGAAGGACGCUGUUCAAGAAGAGCCAGGUAAGACUGCAACAUCUCCUAAGGUGGCAACUCCCAGUAAGGAAGAAUGCAGAAAGAUAAUAGAGAAGGGUGUUGUGGAUGCUAAUGUAGAUGCUGCAGCAUGUCUUAGUCUGGACGGCGAUGAUGAUGACCAGACAAUAGCAUCGUCCGCUCCUCUUUCUGAUGAACAUCAUGAAGCUACUUCGCAGACUGGUCCUAAAGGUAUUCCAGGUACAAAACCAGCUGAAACUACCACUGUUGCUUCAGGUAACUCCUCAGAUCAUGCUCCUAACAUUACUGCCUCCACAAGUACAACUCAGGCAGCAGUUUUACAACCAUCUGUAGAACCUACUCAACCUAUUCCCGAGGCCGCUAGUGCUAAUUCCCAACCUGAAGUUAUUAAACCUAACGUAGAUGACAAUAAGGCUCCUUCCUCGAGUUCCACUUCUACUAGUCAAGGUGCAGGUGAACCUGGGAAGAAUGGACAACCUGGUUCAGCUUUCUCCAGUCACCAAGUCCCACAACCUUCCGUAGAACCAACCCAACCUGCUGUUAGUGGGGGACGUGGUGGUUCAGCCACGGGGAAGGGUGGCUCCGCCACCCGCCUUCCUUCUGCUGCCAAACAUACUGACAUCAAGGACAACCCAUUCCUUCCUUACCUUCCUGUAAUUCCUACCAUCAUUGGAAUAACAACUAUGACCUACUUAUUUUGGAAGUACUUCGGUAUGCUUGGUAAAAAAAGAAAACGUCACAAAAGAGCUCAUCAAGUACGUGGUCCAACUGUACAAGAACAACUCCAUGCUCAUGUGGGCGACCAGGCAGAUGGUCCACAUGAAUAUACCUUGGUAAAGGAACGCAGACAACCAAGAUCUGUUCCAACAAGAAGGAAGGAAAAAGUUGGUAAACGUUCUAGUCGUCGUCGUGGUGUACGUCGCCGCAUGAUUAUUGAUAUUCAUUUAGAAGUCUUAGACGAAUGUCAAAAAGGGCAUUUGCAUUCGACGAAGGAAGAUUUUUUUGAAAUUUUGGUUCAAGAGUUCAUGGGCUCCGGGUUUAUAGAGGAAAACUUUCUUCCUAAGGAACAGGUUCAAAGUUCAGAUUCCGGGUGUAGGGAAGAAGCCUUUGUUCCUAAGGGACGUGUUGCUAAGGAACAAGCUUCUAUGGUUGAUGUACCUAAGGAACAGGUUCCAAUGUUCAGAUUCCGGGUUUAG